AUGAAUCCCUUACAAAAACAAACUCCAACAAAAGAAGAUGAAGGAGGAGGAAAAGAAGAAAAGCUUCAAGCAGAAGAAAUGAAAGCUAAGGAAGCAAACAAUAUUAGUUGCCAGAACAAUCUUGAGCUGAGACUUGGCGUUUCCUCGAGCAACAGUAGUAGCAGCAUCUUCAAAGAGAGAUUAAUGGACUUUUCAGCUUGUUCUGAUAUUGGGUUGCUUAUGACCCAUCUUAUAAGAAUACAUGACCCGAAGAGUAUGCAUGGGCUGGAGCCCUGGCUGUUCGCUGACCCACCCACUAGGUUCAUUGACCCGUGGAGCCUCGCAGCUAGGCAGCAGAAGGCAGUUCUUGAGCAAGCCCAUAGGAAGACGACUAAUCCUUCUGCUACUACUGCUCCUUCUCAAGAUCUUGCGAG